GGGGGUGGGGUGGGGUGUAAGGAGGUGGAGCCGCGUCCGCCGGUGGGCCUGGGAUUGGCAUGCUUGGGCAGGAGGGGCGGUGUGUCAGGUGUGGAAAGGCUCUGAGUGUGUUCCCACAAGUCUAUGCCAGUGUGUGUCAGUGUGGGGGGCAUGGUGAGUGGGAGUGAGUUUGUGUGUGGGGGGUGAUUGUGAGCCUUGAGUGUGACUUUGUUUAUGGGGUGUGAACUUUGGGGGGAGUGUGUGAAGAUUAAUGGGAGCACGAGUGAGAGGUGGGGUUUGGGGAAGGCCAUGGGUGAGGCAUGGGAAGUGCCCCGCAGAGAGUGAGCGUGUGUGAGCAUGUGAAGACACCUAGAACCCAGGUGAGUGGGAGUGUGUGAACCCACACUUGUGAGCACAUCAACUGCCCUUGUGUGCCUGGUUUGCGCUUCUGAAUGGAGGACACCCAGGUGAGGGGGAGAUCAUCGAGGUCCCCAACAUCUGGUGAAAAUUGAGAGGUGACCAGCGCCAUGUCCAGCCAGGUGGUGGGCAUUGAGCCUCUCUACAUCAAGGCAGAGCCAGCCAGCCCCGACAGCCCAAAGGGUUCCUCGGAGACUGAAACCGAGCCCCCAGUGGCCCUGGCCCCUGGCCCAGCUCCCACCCGCUGCCUCCCGGGCCACAAGGAAGAGGAGGAUGGGGAGGGGGCUGGGCCUGGCGAGCAGGGUGGUGGGAAGCUGGUGCUCAGCUCCCUGCCCAAACGCCUCUGCCUGGUCUGUGGGGAUGUGGCCUCCGGCUACCACUAUGGCGUGGCGUCCUGUGAGGCCUGCAAAGCCUUCUUCAAGAGGACCAUCCAGGGGAGCAUCGAGUACAGCUGUCCGGCCUCCAACGAGUGCGAGAUCACCAAGCGGAGACGCAAGGCUUGCCAGGCCUGUCGCUUCACCAAGUGCCUGCGGGUGGGCAUGCUCAAGGAGGGAGUGCGUCUGGACCGUGUGCGGGGAGGGCGGCAGAAAUACAAGCGGCGGCCAGAGGUGGACCCACUGCCCUUCCCGGGCUCCUUCCCUGCGGGACCCCUGGCGGGAGCUGGAGGCCCUCGGAAAACCGCCCCGGUAAAUGCACUGGUGUCCCAUCUGCUGGUGGUUGAGCCUGAGAAGCUGUAUGCCAUGCCUGACCCAGCGGGCCCUGACGGACACCUCCCGGCCGUGGCUACCCUCUGUGACCUCUUUGACCGAGAGAUCGUGGUCACCAUCAGCUGGGCCAAGAGCAUCCCAGGCUUCUCGUCACUGUCCCUGUCUGACCAGAUGUCAGUGCUGCAGAGCGUAUGGAUGGAGGUCUUGGUGUUGGGCGUGGCCCAGCGCUCGCUGCCACUGCAGGAUGAGCUGGCCUUCGCCGAGGACCUGGUCCUGGAUGAAGAGGGAGCGCGAGCAGCGGGCUUGGGGGAACUAGGGGCUGCCCUGCUGCAGCUGGUGAGGCGACUACAGGCCCUGAGGCUGGAGCGUGAGGAGUAUGUCCUGCUGAAAGCCCUGGCCCUUGCCAAUUCAGACUCUGUGCACAUCGAGGAUGCCGAGGCCGUGGAGCAGCUGCGAGAAGCUCUACACGAGGCCCUGCUGGAGUACGAAGCAGGCCGGGCGGGCCCCGGAGGGGGCGCCGAGCGGCGGCGGGCAGGCAGGCUGCUGCUCACGUUGCCACUCCUUCGCCAGACAGCGGGCAAAGUGCUGGCCCAUUUCUAUGGGGUGAAGCUGGAGGGCAAGGUGCCCAUGCACAAGCUCUUCUUGGAGAUGCUCGAGGCCAUGAUGGACUGAGGCAAGGGGUGGGCACGGGUGGGGGUGCUGGCAGGACCCGCCCAGUAUGGGGUCAGCCCCAAGGGGGCAGAGCUGGGGUCUGGGCAGAGCCACAGCCUGCUGGCAGGGCCAGGGCAAUACCAUCAGCCCCUGGGAGCAGGCCCUGCGCCCUCCCCUCCCCCCUCCCAGGGGGUCUUAGAAGCUGGGAACGUGUGUGUCCAGGCUCUGGGCACAGUGCUGUCCCUCGCAAGCCAUAACGUGCCCCCGGGGUGUUAAGGGGGCCUUGCGGAAGCCAUAGGGGGCUGCAGGGGACGUUUGUGGGGGGGAGCGGAAGCCUGAUCUCAGGGAGGGAAGGGAGUGGAGGCCACAGUCUCCCAGUGGGUGAUGCUUUUGCUGCUGCUUAAUCCAGCCCUCUCUCCAGAGCAGAGGGGUUUUUGGAGAGCAAAGGCCCCUGCCCCCUUCGCUCCUCUCCUCGUCAUUUGCAUUGGGCAUUACUGCCCCCCCCUUGAAGCAAUAACUCCAAGCAGGCUCCAGCCCCUGGACCCCUGGGGUGGCCAGGGUCCCCCUCCCCCCCCCCCAUCAGCUCCCACCCGGCCUCCUCAGGGGGUAGGGGGAGCACUGCCUCUAUGCCCUGCAGAGCAAUAACACUAUAUUUAUUUUUGGGUUUGGCCAGGGAGGUGCAGGGACAUAGGGCAAGCCAGGGCCCAGAGCCCUUGGCUGUACAGAGACUCUAUUUUAAUGUAUAUUUGCUGCAAAGAGAAACCGCUUUUGGUUUUGAACCUUUAAUGAGAAAAAAAAAAAAUAUAUCGAGCUCAAGAACA